UGGGAGCACCCGCCAGUGGUUUCGCUAGUGGGUGAGCGAGCCUGGGCGGAGGGAUCCCAACAUUGCCAACGCUGGCCAAAACCCACCGACGAAUUCUUUCCCAGAGCCAACCUCGACUCGGCUGCUUGGGUGCUUUCCCGCCGCGGAAUGUGAAAAGGGCAACGCGAGGCGACCAAAACGAGCCGCUAUUUUUUUCCUUUGACGGAAAAGGCUCGGAACUACGCGGCAAAAGACCCUCAACGGCUUACGAAUACCGGGAAAAAACGAAAUACGAGUCUUGCUGGGAGGUUCGACACGAGAUUCGGGAGACUUGGUGAAUUGAAUGGGGACACGGAAUUGAAUUGUUGAAGUGAAUGUGAUUCGAGCGGCGGACGAACCUACUGCUGGGGUCAAUGCGACUCGAAGUAGCAUGCGGCCAUGGCCGAUUGCUUUUGAGUCAGAGCCGAGUGGAUGAGAAAAUGAGCGAGUUUUGGAGGGAAAGAGAGGGCUUCUCCAGUGUUGCUACUCUCCUCCAAUCUUCAUACAGGACUGUUGCCAUUGAAUUAUCAAAUCUGUUCUGCGGAAUGUGGAUUUGUGAAGGACCGCAUCCAAAUACCUUGGCGUACUAUCACCAUAAGGUAUACGGGAUCCUCACAUCAAUUAGAAACGCACUACACGUGUAGCGUGAGUAGCCUCCGUUGACACAUUAGCACCGCGUUAUUGGCGUGAUUCCCUCGUCACGAUGGUCGCUGGACCCUCGCCGUCGAAUCCAUGGCUGCAGUCGCGGAACGAAUGCGGCGAUGCCUGGCAUUCGCUGCCUACCGGCUCGCCACACUCAGCGGCGACGUGGGACGUGAUCGACACGCCACCACAAGCGCGGAGCCCGCAAGUGGAAUACAGCCGAGCCAGGAGCACUCCCAAUAGCAGCAGCUGCAGGCGCAACACCCCAGGUACCGGCAGACCCCGCAGCUGGCUUCCGCCUCCCCCUUCCCUGCCGCCAUGCUCCCACCAGUCGCCCGCGCAACCCUCCCCGCGUUCCCCUCCGUUUUCCGCGUGUUCCCCUUCUGCGCGAUUCCUACCGCCUUCACCGCGGAAAGAGCUUCCGCAGAUUAGCUCCCGUCCUUCCUCGCACGCUGCCUACCGCCGCAUACCCGCACUCGCCGUCUGUGCUGCCCCGCGCGCUACGCCCGCCGCGAAUGCCGCGAGGCCUGCCGCGUCGGACGGCUACCGCCUGCUGCCCACCGCGCCGUGCCUCGCGGAGGACUCCGCCGCCGUGCCGCACGCGCGCAUGAACGACGCCGAGGCCGCGGGGAACGCGGGGGACGACGAGGGGGAAUGCGGGGACGGUGGCGCGGAGAUGGGGAAGAGGGGGACGAACGGGGAGAGCGGAGAGGGAAUGGCGAGGGAAGGAGGUGGCGCGGAGCAGGCGGAGCAACGGGAAGCCGAGCGAACGUUGCCCGCGCGACUGGAGGAGUGGCGGUUGCCCGCGCGACUGGAGGAUGGCGGGCGCGCGCUGUUGCGGAGAGUGCGCCGAGGGGGCUGUCCGCCGUACAUGCGCAACGACGUGUGGCCGCUGCUGCUGGGCAUCCACGCGCUGAGCAGCACGGAGGAGGAGCGCGCGCAGCAGCGCAGGGCGCAGGGCGCGUGCUACCAGAAGCUGCGCAUGUGCGCGCGCAUCCUCUCCAACCUGCACCGCCAGUCGCCCUCCGACCGCGCUGCCGUCACCGCUGUCGUCUCCCACGUCUGGACCACCGUCUCCGCCGCCCGCCCCGCUCUCGCUGCCUCUCACGCUGCUCCCUCGCAUGCUCCCUCACAUGCACAUAGUCCGACCACACUGCCCCACUCUCCCAAUCCCCCCCACUUGCACACGCUGCAUCGCCAGGCCAUUGUGGGGAAAGGGGGGUCUCCAUGCAGCGGGGGCCGCGGGAAUGGGGCGCCAUGUAGUGCCAGUCCGGACAGUCGGUGCCGCGGCACAAGCAGUGAGAAUGAGGGUGGUGAUGGGGCUGGGAACCGCACUGGUAGCAGGACUGGCCUUCCAACCCCCACCACUCAUCCUCCCACUGCCACCACGAGAACCACCGUGACGACUACUACGAGCACGAGCAUCACCUCCCCCCAGCCGUCCCCUUCCCCCGUGGUAGCUGCCUCUCCGGCGUCGGCGCCCCUGGUGCUGCACGACCCUGUGGCGCUGCUGGCGGACUUCGGCGCGUGGCAGCGCGCCAUCCGCCUGGACGCCAUGCGCCUCAGCGCGCACUGGAACCCCUUCUGGGGCACGGGCGACGGGGACGACGGCGAGGAGGGCGGGGAGGGCGGGGGAGAGGCACGGGUGGCGUGGGCGCAAGACAGACAGGGGGCAGGAGGGGCGAGGGGGGCAGGGAGAGGAGCAGGCAAGAGUUGUUUGGAUGGGGGGAGGGCCGGGGGGGAGUUAGUUUGUGCUUCAGCGCCAGACACUGACGUUGGGCUUUGUGAAAGGAACUGUAGCAACGACAGUAGCUACGGCAGCAUCAUAAGCAUGAGCAGUAUUGGCAGCAGCAGGAGCAACAGCAGCAGCAGCGGUGCAGAGUGGUGCGCGCAGGUUCAUGAGGAGGAGGAGGCGGUAGAAGCAGCGUUGGACGAGGUGCAGCUGGGCGAGGAGGAGGGGCUGAUGCGGCACACAGCAGCGCAGCGCAUGCACGUGGCGCGCGUGGUGGCGGUGCUGGAGGCGUACACGCUCGUGGAUCCCGAGGUCGGGUACUGCCAGGGCAUGUGCGACGUGGCGGCGCCCUUCGUGGCCACCAUGCCGGAGAACGCGGAUGCGUUUGCGGCCUUCUUUGCAUUCAUGCACGGCAGGUGGUGGAGCACAGCGGGUAGCUGCACCACCAACCACUCACGCACACCCCACAGCCCCUACCAGCACCACCUCUCACCGUCCUCCCCCUCUCCAUCUCACACCAUUUCCUCUCCGUUUACCUCUUCCCCGUUUUCCUCCUUCCGCCCCUCCUCCUCCACCCAAUGCGUGAGGUCGCCGUACCGUCCUCCCUCGUCGACUUCCCUCUUCCCCUCCGCAUCCUCCUCCUCCACCCGCGCCACACAGGGAUGGAGCCCCAAGCUGCAAGGCGGGGUGCGCAGGCUGGGGGCUGCCAUUGUGCCGCUGCCACACCGCCACCAGCGCCCAAGCCAGCAGCAGCAGUUGUCCCCGCACCAGCUCAUGCAGCAGCAGCAGCAGCAGCAUCAUAGCAGUGCGCACUGGUCUCCUGGUGGUGGGACAGGCACGCCUGAAAGGUGGGAGAGGAGUGGGUACCAGCAUGCAGUGAAGAUUGCCAGUGCAUGUCACACAGGGAAUAGCAGCAGCAGUCGCAGAAUCCUCCAAGACACAGACAUCAAGACUGGCAGCAGCAGACUCCCCUUACAGAGAGAGUCUUUCCACCAUGCAGCACGGCCCCCCGCCACAGCCUGCGCAUACCCCCCCUUCCACCGAGCCACCUCUCUGCCCAACCCAACCACCCCGGCGCCCCCGCUCUCUCCAGCCACACCCCCUCCUUGCCCUGCCUCGUGCGCAUCCCCCCCUGACGUGCACGGCAUGCGCCUCAACUUCCUGCUGGACGAGUCGGGCAUCCACCGCCAGCUCGCAGCGCUGGGCCGCAUCCUCCGCCUCGCAGACCCCGAGCUGUACGGCCACCUGCGCGACAUGGGCGGCGGGGACUGUCUGUUUGCGUACCGCAUGGUGGUUGUGGGCAUGCGGCGGGACCUGCCCCUGGCACAGACGCUCUUGCUGUGGGAGGUGUGCUGGGCUGACGCGCUGGCUGCUGCCAUGGUGGAGGGAGCACAAGAGCAGCAGAGGGAGCAGGCGCAGGUGGGGAAAGAAGAGGAGGGGAAGCAGUUGGCGUGCAAGAUGGGGAUGAGCAGUGAGCAGGUGUGGGUUGGGGAGGUGUCUGGGUUUGACGAUCACAAGGAGAACGUCGUGAUGGCAGAGGGCGCAGCAGAUUACAUGGAUGGGAGGAGUGGAUAUGGCAACCGGCAGCCAGGGGGUGUCAAGGCUCCUCUAACCCAUACUAGCAAGGUGUGCACAGCAAAAGAACCCUGUGUGGAUGGAAGAGGGUUGCAUUGCUGUGUGCCUGUGAUUUCUCCAUGUCUUCUUGACAAGAAGCAGCAGGGCUGUCCUGCUGAGGGAGAGGAGGAAGAGGAGCUGGGAUCGCCAACAGGGAGCCUCCUUCUGUUUGUUGUGGUGGUGCUGAUAUGCUCCCAACGGAAUGCGCUUCUGGAGUGUGAAGGCUUGGAUGAAAUUUUGCUGCUUUGCCACGGUGUUACCAAGCAGAAUAAUUUGGACCUUCGUCAAGUAAUUGCGGAGGCAAGACUAUUGGCAGUGAGGUUGUAUGGUUGUUGGUGACAUGCGAAAUGUUGUGAUUUACAAUAUAUUGGUAUUUCUCUU